UGCUUUGAAAUAAACAAAUUUCAGUCUAGUUCCACAAAAGCACUUGGUUGCAAAUAGACGCGUGAGAAGAAAAGAGAGAACAAAAAACUGAGCACAAUGCUGCUGCUUACUAUCUUACUCCUGUUUGUACACCUCGUCUUGUCGAUGGAGCAGUCAAGACCUAUAGUUUACGAACGACGCACCGUGUCGUCCGGGGGUACAGAUAGUUGGGAACCCGUCUACACGGGCGGAGAGCGGGUAUACACCAGUCGCACCUCAUCAAGUACAAGUGGGGCUCAACCAGUCUACAGGGGCGGAGACCAAGUCUACACAAGGCGCACGGUACAAACUAUUCCUGGAAGCGUGCGAGUCUACCCUGGCGAACGAGUGUAUACGCGGCGUACGGUUCAAACUGUUCCAGUAGGAUCGCAGCCGGUGUAUACCGCUGGCGAGAGAGUCUACACUGACGGAACCAGAACCGUCUACCAGCCGUACUAUACGGCCUCCGGAACAAGCAGUGGGAGUAGUAGUAGUGGGAGCAGCGGCGUCUGUCCCGACACUGGUGUAAGACAGUACAUCAAUGGUUUAUCUUGCCGUGAAGCAAUUUCCAGAGACAAGUGGCUGUGCUACGACUAUGCCACCAGGAGCAAGGAGUGCUGCGAAGCCUGCUUGAGCUAUAAGAUCUCCGAUGAUCCGUCAUGUAUGUACGGAGAUCGUUCUGGAGAUUGUGUUCGAAGCCUUCGGCCUUCCCAGUGCUACGACCCAUUUAACUCCAAACUAUGUUGUCAGACCUGCCCACAGUUGAAAUAUAGAAAUGCUGAACCAGGUUGCGAGUAUGGGGACAAGGACCCAGCACGAUGCCCCGUAAUCCAAGCCAGCAGCUGCUAUUCCCCUAACACUGCCAGCAUCUGCUGCAAUACUUGUGCCAGAUUCAAGCAGCAGUACAACCAGCCAGGUUGUGAGUAUGGAGACAAGGACCCCGUACAGUGCCCUAUUAUUCAAGCCAGCAACUGCUAUUCCCCUAACACUGCCAACAUCUGCUGCAAAACCUGUGCUAGACUCAAGCAGCAGUACAACCAGCCAGGAUGCGAGUAUGGGGAUAAGCCAGCCCAGUUCUAUGCUCCUGGGUAUGGAUACCCCCUGGACUGCCGUGGAUACAUCAGUGUCUUUGGUGUUGAUCGCUGUAAAGAGAAUCGCACCAGAAAUGUCUGCUGUUUCACUUGUGCCGGCCAUUAGAAAUGUGAAUUGGCAAAUAACUCCCUUAUUAUAGAACAAUCAUGUAACACAUCAACAUAAUAGAUUUUGGUAAGAAUGAUUUUAAGUGCCUAUUGAGCUCAAGUGUCCAUUUAACAUAAUGUGACCAUUUCAGUGAUACCAACUGUUGCUGUAAAAUCCAAUGAAAAUGAACUGCAAUUUGAUAGAGUAUGUUCACCAGCAGAUUCAGAACUUAAAAAUGGGGAGGGAGGGGGCAAAAUAUAGAAGCACCAUUUUGGUUUUUGAAAGUGUCCAAAGUCUGCAUGGCUGUGUUAUGGCUCCCUUUUUGAAAACCCCCUCUGAUCAACUUUUGAGCAACAAUGUUUUUGACAUUUUAAGUUGAUUUUCAUAUAUGCACAUAUGUUAUACAAUUAUGAAUAAAGUGACAGGCUGCAAUUCUCUUCUUCCAUCCUUGUAUAUCUAAUUUGUAGUUAUAAUCACACAACAAGAAUGCAUUUCUUGUUAUCUCAAACCAGGUCUGUUACUCAAAAUAAAUUUUCGUAUUAAUCUGCCAUUGUGUGUGACAUUUGCUUUUUAAUAAGAA